CUUCUUAAAGAGCACUUGUUGUGGACUUAUUGCUACACAUUUUUCUUACUGUACUUCCUGUCUUUCCUUCCUACAGAGAAAACUUGCUUGUUGGUUUUUUAUAUAUUUGCUUCCAGUUAUUCUCAACAGCCUUCGUUCUUGAGGUCACCUUUUCAAAGAAGAUUAUCUUUUGGUUCACUGACUUUUCAAAAGUCUGCUUUUCCAUAUGACAAGUCUUUUGUGCUUUUCCUUGCAAUAAGUUAACUCCAUGUGACAUUACCGCUUUCAAACAAACUACCUUCCCCUUUUGAAUUUACAGCCAGUUCCUCCUUGUUUAAAAUCAGGAGUAGCAGCUUGGCUUCCUUUAGUGACUUCCUGUAUUUCCUGAGACAGAAGUUGAUUCCAGCAUGCUCAACAAGCUUGAUGGACUCGUGGGGGCCUGCUAGUUUGCUUUUUCCCCUGACAGGUAGCUGAGGGAUAUCUACAGAGUAAAACACAGUGCUCUGAAUUCAGCGGAGCUGAGUAAGUGCAGCUCUCCUAUGAACCGAGCACCUGCACUGAGAAGUUGCACUGAGAUCCUUUAUUCGCAUUCCUUCUAGUCCUGUCUGGCCUGAUCAGCUGCAUGACACCUUUAACAACCCGUGAAGAAUAUCUAGUCUCCAAGAUGACUCUUGUCUCUUUCUCAGGAGAGAUUUGUGCAGCACCCCUGAGCUGCUUAUCCAGAUUGGCAACAGUUGAUUUGAUCUCAAGACCAAAUAAUUCCCAGGGAAUUCUUUCCUCAAGAAUAAUGGGGUUUCUUGCAAAUCCAGAAAUAGGACAGUGACUUCCUUCAAGGACGCUGACUUCUAACUGGGGACAAAUUCAUUGUAAAUGCCUGGUUUUAGCCACGUUUGUUGGCGGGCUGAAUUGUUUAUUUAGGACUUCCACUCCAGCUUUCAACCCCUUAAAUUCCUCUCCAAAGUGAAUACUUGAAAGCUUAAGUCCUUCCUGCAGGUUAUCCCUGGAGGUGAAUGUCUUGAUAAACUUGUCUGAAAAUGUUUCGGUCCCUGAUAGUGCCUUCUCAGUCUCUGGUCAACCCACUGCCCUUUUUGUCUGGUCUGGAUAAAUCUCCAAAUACUGUUCAGAAUUCUUGUGGUUGUCUUUACUUUCUGAAAAUUCUCAAUCUUGCACAGAUUCACCAGGGAUCAGCAGAGUUGAACAGGAAUGCUAGGCACUGCUACCAUUGUAAGAGCCAUUUCACGGCGCAUACCAAUGCUGCAGUCAAGGUUGGUGAAGGCAUUGAUUCCGUUGACUCUGAUGUAAUCCACAAGCCAUGUUUCUCUGUCACACAGAAAUCCAGGUGCCUGUCUCUCCAGGGAAAGUUCUGCCUCUUCUUGAAGACAGGCGAAGCACCAUCCCGCUGCCCAGCCAUGUGGGCCCACUGCUGCCACAAAUAUCCUCUGCAAAAAGCAUAUAAAGCUCAGCUUCACUUAUAUCUUACCUGUUGCUGCCUUGGUCCUUUAUUAUUUCACUUACUUUACUAGACUGAAGAUUUUAUUGACUCCUCCAUUUAGCCUCUGUUAAGGCCCAUCAGCUUUAACCAAUUCUGUGAUUACCUUUAGAGCAAAGACUCACUGGGUGGUCGCCAGCAAUAACCUCCAGAGUAGGAGUGUUAUCAGUUUACAGUUGUGCUCUGCAGUGUGUGGUGUUUCUUAACUGGUAUCAUGUUUCAUCUCCUUUUCACCUCUUUGAGUUCUCUCCACUGCACCUUUCAGAGGAGAAUGUCCAUUUCGAAAAGCCCUAUGUGCCUUCCCUGCGUUCAGCGGGCUCGAUCUUGCCAUGGCAUAAUAUCCACACCUCAGUUUUCCAUCCUGCUGGCAAAAGAAGGAAGAAAUAGAUGGAGGUGGACUCCAUUCAUUAGAUACCAAGAGAUGCCUCUAUCUUUUUGCCUGGAGGAUGGUCCUCAGGUCUUUAACAGGGAGUCAGUCCUGCUAUCUACAAAGCUGAAAACUACCAUGCAAUCCUUAAUUUUUGUUAAUUAUACAAACUUUUACACUCCCAGUACAUUUGCUAAGUCAAUCAAAAUGAUGAGUGGGAGUAGCACAUAGUUUUUCUACUGAUACCCUAUUUGUACGUUUAGAUAGACCAUUUGCAUGCACAGCGCGAUAUAGUAUGACUCAACCUGCUGUUUGUUUUAAAUCUUCAACGAGUUUUGCCUUAUGGACUGCAGUAUUUCACUCACAACCAGUAAAAGCAGUAGGAUUACCAGUCUGUAUUUGAGCUCCGACCUGACAGAUUCCAGAGAAACCCUGCAGUUGCUUUCUCUUUAACUUCAGUAUUUCCUUUAAUGUCAGUUGGGACAGCUUUAUUCCCAAAAAUAUUAUGAAGGAAGUGGGUAGUUCCCAGCUCAGUAAAGGCUUUGAAGAUGCCUUUGAGACAGUAUGUUACCACAAAGUAUUGAAUUCUGAAUAAAAUUCUUCAUAUUCACAUUUGAUCUUUACAUUGCAUAUGUUCAAACACCAUAAUCAAAGCUGAUCAUUUAUUUUUAAGUGUGUUUGAAUGGUAGUGAGGUCUCUGCAGUCUGUCUGUCAAACCAUUUAAAACCUAGAAUUACUACCACACUUUUGGUAACACAGUGAUUUUCUUUUGCUUACUGUUUAGAUAAUCACAUAGAUUCCCGCCCCCAACCUGCUAUAAAUGCAAGCAUACUUGUUUUCUUCUCAUAUUUUUCUCUGGGUGUCCUACCUGAGGUCUAAAGCAGGACCUUGGCUGGCUGCCAGGUGACCACCAAGCUGCUCUCUCACUCUCCCUUCUCAAAAGGACAGGAGGAGAAAAAAAAGAUGAAAAAGCUCAUGGGGUGAGAUACAGACAGGGAGAUUGUUCACCAGUUACUGUCAUGGGUAGAACAGGCUUGACUUAGGGAAAUUAAUUUAUUGCCAAUUAAAAAUAGAGUAGGAUAGUGAGAAACAAAGACAAAACUAAAAACACCUUCCUCCCCCCACCUCUUCCCAGGGUCAACUUCACUCCUUCAUUCCCAACCUUUCCACCUCCUUCCUCCGAGCAGUGCCAAGGGACAGGGAUUGGGGGUUGCGGUCAGUUCAUAAUACUUCAUCUCUGCUGCUCCUUCCUCCUCCUGUUCUUCUGCUGCUCCAGCAUGGGUCCCCCACAGGGUCACAGAUCCUGCCAGAAAACCUGCUCCUGCAUGAGCUCUCCACAGGCUGCAGCUUCCCUAAGGUCACAUCCACCUGCUCCGGUGUGGGGUCCACCACAGGCUGCAGGUGGAUAUCUGCUCCACUGUGGACCUCCAUGGGCUGCAGGGGAACAACCUGCUUCCCCAUGGUCUUCUCCAUGGGCUGCAGGGGAAUCUCUGCUCUGGUGCCUGGAGCACCUCCUCCCCCUCCUUCUUCGCUGACCUUGGUGUCUGCAGGGCUCUUUCUCUCACAUUUUUGUCAUUCCUCUCUCACAGCUGCUAUGCAGUAUUUUUCACCCUUUCCUAAAUAUGUUAUCACAGAGGCACCACCAACAUCGCUGAUGGGGCUCAGCUUUGUCCAGUGGUGGGUCCAUUCUGGAGUCAGCUGGCACUGGCGCUGUCCAGCAUGGAGGCAACCCCUGGUCUCUUCUCACAGAGGCUACGCCUGCAACCCCCCCUCUACCAAAACCUUGCCAUGUAGACCCAAAAAAAAGCAGUGAGUUUCUGUUCAAAAUAUUUUAUAGGAGCUGAGGAUCCUCAAUGACAUAUUAAAUGCCACUAAAUCCCAUAAGGUCUGAUAUAAACUCUUCAGAAGAGGCAUCCUUCUUUCUAAAAUGUUUGGAAAGCUUGUAUUGGGCUCUACCACAGCUAUAUGUUUUAAGUCAUUGUAAUAACAAUUAGAUAAAUAAGUAUGCAUAAUCUUGAGGCUUAUAUUUUGAAAUCUUGAUUUUUCCUGGAGAAAGCAGCCAACUCCAUGACCCAACAGGAUGUGAUAUUAGAUAAUACGGAUAAUAAAGUCACUGUGCAAUGAUGAAUAUGCCCCACCUUGACAUGAUUAGAAUUUAAAUAAUGUCAGAAGUUAUUGAUUAACCCGGGGUUGGGUAGGAUUUAGCUACCCUAGUAAAAGUUGACUAUUCUAUCUGAAUGCUUGUUUCACUGAAGAACAGAGGAGUUGCAUCUUCCACGUUCAGGCUAAGCAAAUAUGGGCAGUUCACAUAGCAAGUCUUACAGUCUCACAGAGGAUGUACGGAAACCAACCGUAGGGACUACCAGUUUGUCAGCAGAUGAGCCAUCAACCAAUAAACACCAUCAUCAUGGGUUUGAUGCAGACCGAGAUGCCAAGAAAAUACAUAGCGCCUGUAAAGGAGCAGGAACAGAUGAAAAGAAAAUUAUUGAAAUCUUGUCGAGUCGAACAUCAGAGCAGAGACAACAAAUAAAACAGAAGUACAAGGCUCUGUAUAGCAAGGAUUUGGAAAAUGACCUGAAGGGAGACCUGAGUGGGAAUUUUGAAAAGGCUGUGCUGGCUCUGCUGGACCUGCCCUGCGAGUAUGAGGCCCGAGAGCUUCAGGCAGCAAUGAAGGGCGCUGGGACUGAUGAGUCACUGCUGAUUGAGAUUCUCUGCACACGAAACAAUAAGGAAAUUGUAAAUAUAAAGGAGGCAUACAAACGGCUCUUUGAUAGGGAUCUAGAGUCUGAUGUUAAAAGUGACACAAGUGGCUCCCUACAGAAUAUAUUAGUCACUGUGCUAGAGGCAAGCCGAGAUGAGGACCAGCAGGUCAAUGCAGAGCUCGCUGAGCAAGAUGCCACAGAUCUGUAUAAAGCAGGAGAAGGCCGCUGGGGAACAGAGGAGCUGGCUUUCAAUGUGGUCUUAGCAAAGAGAAGCUAUAGUCAGCUGAGAGCUACUUUUGAAGCCUAUGAAAAGGUGUGUGGAAAGGACAUAGAAGAAUCCAUUAAAAGUGAAACAUCUGGAGAUCUGGAGAAGGCUUAUCUCACUCUUGUCAGCUGUGCCAAAGACUGCCCAGGUUACUUCGCUACACUGCUACACAAGUCGAUGAAAGGAAGUGGGACUGAUGAAAAGACCUUGAUUCGCAUCCUUGUGACCAGGGCGGAGAGUGACCUGCCAGCAAUAAAGGAGAAGUUCCAGCAAAUGUACAAGAAGUCGUUAGCUGAAGCUGUCCGAUCUGAUACCUCUGGGGACUUCAGAAAGUUGCUGCUGGCUCUUUUGCACUAAAAAGCCAUCAAGAAUGAAGAGGCAUGCUGAGCAGCCACUUCUUGAUUAGUUUCCAAAAUAGCAUCCAAAAAAUGUGGCAUUAGCACAAAGAAAAAAAUCCAAUUUAUUUUCUUUCCAGCUGGGAAAUAUGUUGCCAAGUAGUGCUCGACGUGAGGUUUAUGUUAUGGCUAUCUCGCCAAAUGUCCUUAAGCAAUAAAGACAUGUUAAAAAAAACUAAA